AUGGGAACACUUACAUUCUGGUGGCUGUGGACUGUGUCCAAAUGGAUAGAAGCCAUUGCUUGCCCUGUUUGUGAUGCGAAGGUUGUUAUCAAGCUAUUUAAAACCAUUAUCUUCCCAAUAUAUGGCAUUCCCAGAGUUGUGAUCUCAGAUGGAGGCUCCCAUUUCAUCAAAAAGUUUCCUAAACUCACAUCUUUGAUAGCCCGUCUUGACGAGUGCUAUCUCGGAUUCAACAAUUGGCGCCCACCGUGGGGCUGGAAACGCUUCUCGCUAUUCAUCUCGAAGAUAUCUAGAUUUUCACGAACUAGCAACGAUGGUGAACUCGAAAGAGAACACUCCCACCGGGAGCCCGUCUCCCUCAGAAGAAAACUUAAGCGACAGUCUACCAGCACGAUAGACAAGUCGCUACCCGCUGAAGGUAGGGACAAGCCUGCCCCUACAAGAAACCCAUCUUUCUCGCCACAGAGAUCCGUCUCGCCGCGAAGAUCGACUUCGCCGCAACGAUCUCCUCCGCCAAGAAAGGACGAGAGCCCCCCUCCGUCCGCACCACGCCGCUCGAGAAAAUCUUCCUCGAGCGACAAACCCCGCAGCUCGAAGAAAUCCUCCUCGAGCGAGAAGAUCCUCAAACUCAUGGAGAAUCUCGUCAAGCCGCUCGCCGACGGUUUCGAGUCAAUGCGAGCACAGCAGAAAAAGACUCAGGAACAGGUGGAAGCCCUAGCACGAGAAGACGAUGAAGAUCCGUCAAGUCCCAUGACGGAACAACCCCCCGUCCUGCGCACUUCAGGCGACUUACCACCCAAGAGCUCGAACGGAUGA